GUAGAGGUCAACAAUGAAGAAUUGUGAGCCAGUGCCUACUUCUCUCUACAAGUGAAAGGAAGACAGAAAAGAGCCACAUCUCAGAGUUCGGGACACAAGAUGAAGAGGACUGACGAAUACGUCAAGGUCUGCAAGCGCCCUGAUCGAUUGGUCCACAGCUCUUCACGCCUCACGCAGCCUCCAGGGAGCCAAGUUCUCCAUCAGAUCCUCUACAGCAGCCACAGACGAACCACUGAGUCAAAUCAAGGCCACACUGAUCUUCAUCACUGUAAAGAACAACAAAGGAACCACAAUGAGCUUCCACUCAUAAUGGAACGCAAUCUGCACAGCAAACGGUGCGAACCGAGGCUCCAGCGCUUUCAUGGCAGAAUUGAGCAGGAGUACCACACCGUUGACGACCGAGAGGAGACGCUAUCCGUACUCAUCCGUCCGGCCCUACCCAUUCCCUCCAACAGAGACUACGUUGACCGAUGUAUGUCUUCUAAGGACUCAUCUCCAGCAAUGAAUAAAAGUCCCGAUACUCCACCCAGAGUGCCGAGAAGGAAUGUUCCAGGACCUGCUGUCCACAGAGAACUGAAGCCCAGCCGGCAGCAGAGAGCUCAGCAGGCCUAUGACAAAAAGAGGGCAGAUCAAGAUGCAGAGAGCCUGUUCACUUCCCAGAGGCACCUCAUUUGGACCCCCAGAAACCCAGAGUCUCUGCUGCGGGAGUCUCCGUGCCUCACCAGUCUUAGGCCAGGAGAUCACUCACACGCAGCGACUCCCAGUCCCCGCGGAGGACUGUUCAAAGACGAAUGCACGAGAAGCAAGGCGCCCCCCCGCAUGCCCCGAUACUCCCAGGACCUCGAGUUCAGAGAGCACGUGGAUUUCGGCUUCAGUGCACAGAGGAAGAAUUACUUUGAAGCUGCAGGCGCACACAGAGGGAACCAUCAGGUCUUCACGACGCUACAAGCGCAGGACGACAUCAAUGUGCACAAACACAUCCGUAAGGCCAGACCUGCUCAGAUGUGUGACAUGAAGAGCUGGUACAUCGGCGCGUGUGAACGGACCAAAGCGGAGCAAGCCUUGUACCUCAACAAACAGGACGGGGUCUUCCUGGUACGGGACCACUCCAAGACCACUGAGGAGGAGCCAUUUGUCCUGGCCGUGCUGCAGGACGACAAAGUUUACAACAUCAAGAUUCGCUUCUUAAAAAGCAACCAAAAGUUUGCCCUGGGGACCGGACUGAGGACGAAUGAUAUGUUUGACUCGGUAGAAGACAUCAUCAAAUUCCACACCAUAUUUCCAAUAAACCUAAUCAAUGGGAAGGAUCAGUCAGCCUGCAACAGAAGGUGCACCUUGACCUACCCACUCACUAAGGAAAAAAUGACUCAGCUAUUGGGCUAGAUUAUGACUGACAAAUACCUGUUCUCCAGAAAACAAAACCAUUAAUUCUGACCAUUUUUACUGAAUUCCAAAAUGUUCAGUACCGCUAAUUGUUUCACUUGAUUUUAUUCAGUUCUUUAAUCUGUUGACUAAGGACCGUUGAUGCUGAUAUGAUGCUUAAAAUACCUGGCAGGACAGAUACUUAAAAAUACUUAAUGUGUGUGUACAGUUGUAUAUCGACAUCAUGCUGAUGUUGAACUUCAAUUAAAGAAUACACAUGUAACAUUUUAAUUGAAUUAGUUAAAACUUAAG